AUGGUAAGACUGCUGCACGCCCCUAUAACAUCAUACAGCAUACGGAUGGGGCCCUCCACAGGCACCACGGACAGACGCUCGGCGUGCAGCUUAAUCGCUGCCGGGAGGAGUUGCUUCAAAACAAUGUCAUCCUUCGCCUCCGUCAACGGAUCGUCCUUUUCGCAUCUCACCCAGCGGCCAUUGUCGAACCUGCACGCAACCCCCUCCGCGAUGCAGUGCUUCGACGGAUCGUCCAUGUCCUUCGCAGACACCUUGACACGUAUCGGGGCACACUCACUCUCCACGCCUGUGUCGCGCCCUGUCCUCUGCGCGGCACAUCACGCACCACCGCAGUCGCCGGCGGGCCGCUCCCCAUCAUCUCGCCAAGCCCGCAGCGGCGCAACACACCAACAGCAGCAGCAGGGGGAACACCGUUAG